AUGGCGGCGUACCCGCACAUCGUGGAGCGCAUCGUCUCUCACUGCACCUCCGUCUCGCAGCUCGUCACUUUCCGAUCGAUAUGCCGCACGCUCAAGAACAUCGCCGACACCAUCCUCAUGCGCCAUAUCGAGAUCCAUGCGCCUGGCGACAGUGAUGACAAGAUCACAGUGCUCCUUCCCCGCGACUCGCCGCUCGAGCUCGACGCCGAGUUGCCCUUCAUCCCUUCAGCGGCGGGACUGGUGGACUUCGCACCAGGCGAGCAUAUCAACGCCGAAGGCAUUCCGUUCACCUCGGCGCACACGUUUCGCGGGGAUGCGCCCAUGAGCGCUCGACAUGCGCGUCCGAACCACCGCCAGACGUUCGUCGAGCAUGUCGUCAGCGACCUUUACGAGGAAGACCGUUCUGAUAGGGUCAUCACUGUGCCAGCUGCUGCGUCUCGCUACGUCCUGCACUUCGAGCUCGGACGCAGCCUUGCUGAGGUGACGAUGUUCUACUCGACGGACUGGCUGUCUAUCGAGGCGCGUGACCGCCUCGAAGAGGUCGUGAUUGUCUUCUCUGGAAUCCACUGGGAGAACGACGACAACUUGCCCGCACUACACCUGUUUGUCGACCCGUUCGUGGAGGCCAUUGCUUCGGGGAUGAGCCUCACAAUCGUUGCAGUCGAACACUUGUUGCAGAGUUGGGAGGGUCGUGACCUGGCGGCCGAGCUGGCGACGGCCACCGCUCCCGCUGGUGUACUCGCGCGCAUCCGCUGGCUAUCCCGCGACGCGUGGCUCGACGAACUAGGCGACAGGCGCGACAUCGAGGCCUCAGUCUCUGUGGGUAUCGAUCCGGCACUGUACGGGUGUCGCUGCAGUCCCGACUUGGGAGAGUCCCGCAUCAUCUUCCAGUGGGGGGACGACGACGUGCUCGAGCUGCCAGCUGAAGGAGAGCCCAUCUCACGGGGUGGGUCGCGCGUGACCAUCAUCGUGUUCCCGCAGCCCGGCACGGUUCGGUCCAAUGCCGUCCGGGCUAGGAUCUACGACGCCGUGCUAAAGACUUUAUCGCGCAUCCACGGGGAGUUCAAGCUCGCCGGCGCAGAGGGCGUCUGGGAUCCCGAGAGCGAUGUCGAGGCGGCGUUGCCUGCCGUCGCGGCGCAGGCGUUCGCGGCGGGCCUCAUGGCACGCUACCGGUCGGGCGAGUGCCGCCUUGGUGUCGGCGAUUCGUGGCCCCUCUUCAUCGCGAACAUUGGGUCCAUCGACUAUGUCUCAUGGGAGGCGCGGACCGCCGCGAUAGAGGAACGGCGCAACGUGCAGGCCCUCUGCAAGCCCCGAGCGCUGGUGGACCUCAUCGCUCCCCGGCCUCCACCGACGACGGCAAUCGACGCAGCAGUGUACCCCCAUAUCAUGGACAGCAUCGUCUCGCACACGCGACACGUGUCGACGCUGGUGGCGCUGCGCUUGACGUGUCACAGGCUCAAGACGGUUGUCGACCACCGCCUCAUGCGUCACGUAGAGCUGCACACGGCGGACGAUGGGAGCCUUCUCCCGCUCCCUCUGCCAUCGGCGCCGCUCAUCCUCGACUCCCGCCUACCGCGUGCCUUCGCCGCUGCCCGCUGGCUCUCUCUCUCGCCGUCUCAUGUGUUUGACUCGUCGCACGACCUAUCGUCAAACCUCACGGGCAUCACGACCCUUCACGCGAGUGGCGGCACUAGCGGAGAUGCCGACGAAGUAGACCUCUUUCGCACUGGGCCCAGCGAGUCGUUGCAGCCCAGCCUCCACACACUGGUCUACACAUACACCCACGACCCAUGUGACCUCAACCCUGGGCAAGACGUCGAUCUGAUAGUGCCUGCAGGGACGCGGCGCUACGUCCUGCACUGGGAGGUAUCCCACAACUCAUGGAUGCACCACGGGUCGCUCUGGUCCAGACACGAUGUAUUUAUCGAGGCGCCCGAGCUGCUCGAGGAGCCCGAGCUGCUCGAGGAGGUGGUCAUGGUCCUCGUCGGCUCGUAUUGCGGGUACUGCAAGCUCCCGUCCCCCACCGAAAUUUGGACAAUGACUGCAUACCUCUCGCAGGUCUUUGACGCCUUUGAAUCGCUCCCAAAUGCCACCCGCACCAUCGUGGACGCGAUGCACGCCGUCCCAGCGCCGUCUGACCGGGAGUCGAUAUACCCCACGCUGAGGAAGUUCUGGCUUGACCACCCUCCGGGGUGGUUCAACGCCCAGUUCGAAGAAGCCGGGUGGGGCGAAGCGACCACUGGCGUACGGCACAUUACCCUCGAGGAGUGGUACGCCGAGAUCGGGGACCGUGUGGACAUCGAAGGGGUUGUUGUGCAGCGCGGGGACGAGGAGUGCCGGUGUAGGUCAGUAGCCUAG